AUGAGGUGCUUGAGCAGAUUUCGUCUUCUCAGUUGUGUUCAGAGACGUCUACUUUCUUUCGCCCGGAAGGAGGAAGAGUUCCUCGUGAAAAGCCUCCCAUCUGAAGUCCGAAAUAUCGGAAUAGUUGCUCAUAUCGAUGCUGGCAAAACCACUGUUACUGAACGGAUGCUCUACUUGGCUGGGGUGAUUCGGAACAUGGGAGACGUCGAUUCGGGGAACACUGUCACAGAUUUCCUUGAUAUGGAACGCGAAAGAGGUAUCACAAUUCAGCUGGCCGCCAUCACGUUUCCGUGGAAGAAACACAGAAUCAACCUGAUAGACACUCCUGGACACGUGGACUUUACAGUGGAAGUUGAACGGUGUACAAGAGUUCUUGACGGUAUCAUAACUGUCCUAGAUGGAUCCUCUGGAGUUCAGGCGCAAACACUCACAGUGUGGCGUCAGGCGGCAAAAUUCCGACUACCCUCCUCAUUUUUUAUCAACAAAUUAGAUAAGAAAGAAGCUAAUUUUGAACGUUCCGUGGACUCGGUAGAACAGAAGUUGGGCAUCAAAGCAUUGGUUACUACUCUACCAUACUUCGAGAAUCAACGUCUGAGCGGUGUUGUGGAUGUAAUCGCCAAGAGAUUUGUAUCGUUUCAUACAGACGGACAAUGGAGUAGUGUUGAACCAGAUUCAAUUCCCGGAGAAGUUCUUUCCACCGGACGUGAGAAUCUGUGCUGCAGUUUGGCAGAAAUGAAUACAGAGUUCAUGCCUUUGUUUCUGGAUCAGUGCAACGGCAAUGCCAUGGCCACAUCUACUGGUGCAAUUGUGAGAGCUUUACGUCAAGUUACGUUGUCGAACCUCGGCGCCGCCGUUGGUUGCGGAAGUGCUCUACGGUGCACUGCGUCCGUAAUGCCUGUGUUGGACUUUGCUGUUCAGUUACUGCCAUCACCAAAGGAAAGAAAUACCUCUAUAACUAGAUUAUUCGGGGACAAUCUUUGUGGACUUGUUUUCAAAAUUUUCAUUGCUCGAAGCAGUGAACUUAUACCAGUUUCAAGUGUCGGUGAAGGUAACAUUGCAGUAGUAUCUGGUCUUUCAAGUGCAAUCACCGGCGACACCAUUCUGGCAAGUGAAUCAGUGGGACAUCAGGUGGCCCACGCGAGGCAUGAAUCUAUGAAUCAUGAAAAGAUGCAGCAGCAUGAUUUCCAUCGAAGAUCCGCUCAUAACAUUUCCCCAACAAAUGGGAAUGAUGAAGCAUUCGGUGUUGAGACUCUCUCUGACGGAAAAAACAUUGCUCUUAAAGGCAUUGACAGCCCAGAUCCAGUGUACUUCUGUUGUAUCGAGCCUCCGACGACUAAGUCUAACCGCGAAUUUGAGCAGGCAUUACAAGAAAUUGCUGUGGAGGACCCUUCACUACGAAUUCGGUUUGACCAUGAAACAGGACAAACAGUAGUAGAAACAAUGGGAGAACUCCAUCUUGACAUUAUAAAGAACCGUCUCAUGCGCGAGUAUGGUCUUAACGUGUUUCUUGGACCUUUACAGAUAGCUUAUCGUGAAGUCAUUAGUGGACCUAUUACACAAGUAAGCACAGUGGAGGAUGUCUUGGACGAGAAGAAGAGGACCCAUUGUGCUAGUUUGACCCUUUUGAUAGAACCAAUUCCAAAGAGUGGCAAAUUCAAAGGGGUCCAAGUGGAAGUCGCUCCAGAUUCGGCAACCAUCCGCAACGAAUGGCUGAAAGCAAUCAACGAAGGAUGCCGCAAUGCUCUUCACAAUGGUCCAGUUUUGGGGUUUCCUGUGCAGGAUAUAGCAAUCAAAUUGAAGGGAAUUAGUACGAGUGGCGGACGUGUCAGUCCUGCAAUCUUGUCUGCUUGUGCUCACAAAUGUGUUACGGAAGCACUGGAAGCUGCAGGUGCGCGGUUGAUUGAGCCAAUCAUGCGAUUAGACGUUUCUCUGGAAAGUGGUACGGAAGCACAAAACAUUUUGCAUGAAUUAUCGCGCCGACGUGCUGAAAUCAUUGAAUGCUCUGGAACGCACUAUGGAGCAACUCUUAUAUGCGCUCGUCUCCCAUUAUCAGAGUUGUCAGGGUUCCCUACAACGUUACGAACUUUGUCGUCGGGAUUAGGCAGUCUGCAUGUUCAAGUUGCAGACUAUCAAGUAGUUUCCGAACAUGAUCAGAGGAAUAUUGUGAAUAGACUUAGGGGAACAAAACAUUAUCUGUUUGGUUUCAACCAGAGAAUUCUUGCGGCGAUGAUUCAUAUCAUCACCACUACUCUGCUUGUCAGGCUUAGGGCAUCCCGACAGAAAGACGUCUGCAAGGAGCGACCAAUCCGAAUCAAUGGAAAGAAGGUUAAACCUGAAUUCUUACACGUACACUUAUUGAUCCGACUUUGCAACCUCCAUUUGGAAGAGUUCAAGGACGCUGUAAAUGAAGUUUUAUGCGUUCGAGUGUACGCAUUGGGAACGUACGAGCUAUAUAACCUGCACUGUUAUAUGGCGAAAGCUUCCCAUACAUUGCAAAAAGGUGCUGUCGUCCAGCACACCGCCGAAGCCCAUAACCUGAAAGGUCAACUGCCUGAAGGGGGCAUGGAAUCUUUGGCAACAACCAUUCGUUUCGUCACGCUGAACUGCCGAACACUAUCGAGUGAACUCCAACAAGCCGCUCUAUCCAAACUUCUGCGAUAUCUCUGUGAGCCUUUUGCUGCAUUGCAGGAAACACGCAUGAGAGAUCGGCCCGUCAUCAACAUCGAAAAUUACACCAUAUACUGCGGCGAUGCUGAUGAGAACAAAGUAGAUGGCUGCGCGAUAGCUGUGAGGAACGAUUACAAGAACCUGGUGGAGGAAUUUGGCUCAACGUCGUCUAGAUGCGCCUUUUUACGACUGCGGGAUCGCGGAGGACGUAAACUCUGGAUCGUAAGUGCUCACGCACCUACGGAAACCGCUGAGGACAACAGUAAGAACGCCUUCUAUGAUGAACUCAAUGCGUUAAUGUCUAAAAUACCAAGCCAGCAGGUGGUCAUUGUCGGAAUCGACGCAAAUGCGAAGAUGGGACUCGAACAGCAAUCCGAUGUGCUAGGAAAAUGGUACUAUGCAGCGGAGCGCACGUCGGACAACCGUCUGGUCGACUUGUGCGAACAGACGGGCCUCAUCAUCGCUUCCACGUUUAAGAGGAAUCAUCGACGCCAUCAGCUCACGUGGCAGGGGCCAACCCUUUUAACGCCUGAAGAGCAGCGCAAGCGGAAGAUGAGGACUCUUAAACUUCAGCUCGACUACGUUCUGGCGAGGAACAUUCCUCAGUCAGAUAUCCGAAAAUCUAGAGCUGUUUGGGGCGUCGCGUUCGACUCUGACCACCGUCCAGUUCUUCUCAGCUUCAAGAUACGGUUCCACAAGAGAAACCGAGGAGUUCCUCUUCAACCGAAAAUCGACAUGGCAGGUCUGAAAGACGAUGAAUGCAGAAGAAAAUUCCGCCAACGUGUGUCUAUUCAUGUUGGAGUACGGACCAGGAAGAAGCUUAGCGAUGCGGAUUUCUUCACAAACGCUGGUGACUUCAACCAGGAAAAGCGUCUUAGAAGGAAGCUGCGUCGUCAACUGCAACAAGACCGCGAUAACGAGUGGACGUCAAGAGCGAUGGACGGCAAAGUGAAAAGAUGUUCCCCUGACCUCAACACUGCCACUGGGGUAGCUGUCGGUGAAGCAACCCUUCCAAUUUGGAAGGAACACUUCAAGACCUUGCUGAACCGGCUAGCACCGUCAGCCCCUGAACUCGAACACGUUCAUAGACCGACAUACGCGGUUAGCGAGGAGCCACCGACCGUGUCGGAGGUCCUGCUCUGUAUUCAAAAAUUGAAGAAUGGAAAAUCUGGCGGAGACGGCGGGAUUAGCGCAGAAAUGCUAAAACAUCUUCCUCCGUCUGGGAUUCGUGAGAUGACAAAGAUCAUCCCUUCAAUAUGGAUAGACGAAAAGAUACCUGAUUCGUGGAGACACGCUAUCAUAACUCCCCACCACAAGAAGUUAUCCAUCACGGACCCCAGGAAUUAUCGUGGAAUCUCUUUGCUGCGUGUUAUGUACAAGGUAUUGGAGCGCAUUAUUCUGGACCGACUCAUUAAACAUCGCGAAGAAACAACGCGCAAAAGCAAGCUGGCUUUCGUCCUGGCCGAUCUACGAUUGACCAGUUCGAACACCAGCCGGACACGUUUGAAGUUUGAAGAAGUGUACAACACGUUUGAAGUGGUAACUGGAGUAAGACAAGGGGCAGUGGCAGGACCUUUCCUGUUCAAUUUCGCAAUCGACGACAUUAUGCGAAGAACAGUCGACCAGUGUCCUACCGACAUUGUCUUAGCACCAUCUGGGUGCCCCUUGACUGACCUCGAGUACGCCGACGAUGUUGUUAUAUUCGCGAAAAGCAGUACGAAACUUCAACAUGUUGUCAACCUUGUAUCGAAGCUGGCUGCAGCCUAUGGACUACGCCUACGCCCUGAUAAAUGCAAGCAGAUGUGGAUCUCUUCGAGACCACGAACGGGAAUCAGGAACAAUGGCAGCUACGAGAGAGAUGUUCAGCAAAGAUGCGCUAAGGCCACUUCUGCAUUUAACUCCUUAACGAAAUGCCUGUGGUCGACCCCCAUCACCAACGAAGUCAAGCUGCGAGUCUACCUAUCCGCAAUUCGCCCCAUCAUGAUGUACGGGUCGGAGACUUGGGCAGCACCAUCAACGGUUAUGGAGAUGCUUGAAUGCACGGAACGAAAGCUGCUUAGACGGCUACUUGGCUACUUUUGGCCUAGGGUAUGUCACAAUGAAGAUCUUUACGCAGAAAUUGGUGUGAUAUACCGGCGGAUGACACGUGGAAAACAUCAACAUCUUGCACCGCCAUCGAAAGUGGCUAAAGUAUAUCGUCUUCGCUUCUUUGGCGAGACGGAAGGUUUCGCAGAAUAUGGAAUAGCGACGAAUGAAUUGAUUCUGUGCAAGCUCUCGCAGAAGAUCGAGAAGAUUGGGCAGAGCUGUGUUCAAGGACGGCACACCUCGGCGAAGAUGCGGAUAAUCGCGUCAGGCGAUGACAUCAGCCCGCCGAUUAAGUUAAAUCGCUUGCGGGACUACGAUGAAGAACUAUAUUAUUUCGUUUUGGUUGCCACAUAUCGUCUAGCAGACGAUGAUCUCUGCCAUAGCUUGCAAGAAUUUUCUCUUAAGAAAUGGCAGUACCCUAUCGAACUUCUUGGCCAUAACAUCUACUUGGAUAUAUUUUCUGUGCCACAGUUGCCUUGGGACAUUUCCCCUGCCCUCAACGAAGAAAUAGCAACACCAGAUAUCACUAAAGAAGAUCCUAUUGAACCACAUGAUAUUUGCCCUCUUACAUCCGGUGGGAUGCUCACAGAACAAUAUUCAAUGCUUCUGAGAAGCGACGGGUUGCGUAUCGCUGAGUCUAUGAAAUAUGCAGGAUAUUCUUGUAGGAUUCUUUGCUUGGACGAAGAAUGUGCGAAAUCCGCGCUUAUUGAAAUGUUUGACGGCAUCAGUUCGGAUAUGUUUCAAGAAGAGGAUGGUGUUUUUUCGUUGACAAGAAAUUGCAAACUUGGUCGAUGGAGCGUUGCUCGUACUCAGGCUGCAAUGGGUAUUGAGGUGGAGGCCGCGAAUAGAAUCCAUUCCUUUUACCGCUCCAUUCUUCAUGCAUGUGAAAGUCACGAUUCUAAAAAACUUUGCAACAUAGUUCUUUCUACAGUGGAAGAAUUGAAGAAGUUGUUCAGAAUCAAUCUAUCACAGUGCCACCACAAACUCUACGACAACUUUUGUAUGGAUUAUUUUGACGAUGUGGUGGAGGACCAGCUGGAACUUCUUGCUGUCUGUGAAAAGAUUUUAAGCUCCGAAUAUAUUGAGGUGACCAAGUUGAUCUUCACCUUGCGUUGUUUGUAUGUGUCCACCUCCCUGCACCGCUUACACGCUAGAAGUGCAUACAAAAUUAUCUUGCAGAAGUUCAUCAGCCUGGUAACCGUCUCCGUUUGUUCAUUUGUGAACACAGGUCGGUGCGAAUUUUGUGAUAAAGUGUUUGUCGAAUAUAUACCAGCUAAACUAUCCCCCGAUCAAAAAGGAUACGGUGAAAUUUGGGAAUCAAAUUACGGCGUUGACCUUCCGUCAUCUCCCGAGCUCAGCCCACGUUUAUGUCGCAUGGUAGUGAAGCAAGGUGUACUUGUGCGUCUUUUAAACACUCAUGCAGCCAAUGCUUCUGAAAAUUCUACUGACCUACUAAAGUUGUACAACAUUCCUGAUUUGGAUGAGGAAUUUUGUUUCAAAACGGAGAUGACGAAGGUGCUGUGCGAAGUCGACAAGAGAACUUCGGAAUUCGAGAUCAACGCAUACAUGCUAGAAGAGCUAGUGGAGUGGGUAGUGGGAUCUUCUCCCAUGUACAAAAGGUGCUCUCUGGUUGCCUCCGCUAUACUGAACGAUGUCUACAGUAUGUGCGACGUCAUCAGACAUCUGAUACUUAGCGCAGGUGUCGCAUGUCUCGAUACAGAAGAUUCGAAAAAUUUACAUGUACAUAGACUGCGAGCUGAACUGGAAGGUCGGCAUUUCGAGCGCCGUCAUAUUUCAGCUGUGGACAUUGGUAUAGAAUCCGGCACCAGACGGUUAAUUAUAGCUCCACCUGAGCCACUUUCGAUCGUGAUUACUGCUGGACAUGGGCGCCGUUACGCGAGGAUAUAUGCUUUUUUAACUGACCUCGCACGAGCUGCUUGUGCACUCAGUGAAGUGGAACUUCGGGAACAUAACUUGAGUCCAGAGAGUAGUCGUCAGCUAUUUUAUUGUUGUACUGCCAUGCUUCGUGUGAUUACUGGCGCUCGUGAUCAUCUCCUGACAGAACUUGGCUCUGUAUGGGAAGAUUUUCGGGAUGGUUGGAACAGCGUCGUUACUAUCGAUCACGCCAUCAAUGCUCACAGGAGAGCAAUGAAAUGUAUGAUGCACAGGACAUUACUAGAUGUAAGCAACCUCACCACAGGGCGAACAGUGGGAACGAUGUGUGAAAGCUGUGUCCGUUUUGCGCAGGCGCUAAACGCUGGAGACGAAUCCAGCGCCUUCAUUCAUUACCGCUGUUUCGACGACCAUGCACAGUUAUUGAGAGAAAAACUGAGUGUGGAAAGAUCUAACAUCUAUGCGCGCACUUUACUAUGGCGGAUAGGUAACACCAGCGAGCUCUUCGACGACGAAGAGGACGAUGAAGAGAUGGACGUAUAUGCCAGUCACCUGCCUUCCAAAAGCACAACUUUCCGUUCACUUUAUGAAUUAUCCAAGAGCACGUCCCAACUUAUUCCUUGA